AGGGCCAGGUGUGUCUGUGGGAAGCCACGCCCACAUUACCUUACAUGGAUAUUAUACUGAAACUUGAUUGACAGGGGGCAGCAGCUGCUCAGCUGCCGAGACAUGGCGGAGCUUGCCGUUUUCUGAGGGAGCUCAUGUGAAAAUUUCCCUACUUUCUCGCUGUUCUUUUUGGCGAAGUAGGUGGGGGGUGAAAGACUGAAAGUGCGGGGCGGAUGCAGUUGUAACUGCUUACGAUGGACCUAGUUAGGAAAAAAGGCGAAGCGUAGGACUUUUUUUGUGGGAGCUGGGAAAAUGUACUGCUGUUUCUUAGCGCAGUCAACAGCCGUAGGCAACAAAUAUGGCUACUUGUGUCUCUUUCAAUUUGUGAUGAAAAGCUGCUCGGCUCGGCCAUUCAUUGCAAUGGCUGCGGUGGCGUUUUCUUAAAAAGUGACCAGCCCUAGGAAAAAUUCUCGCGUUAAUCGCUGUGGCAGUUCUGCUCGCUUUAGCCGGGAAGGAGGGCGAAGGACGCGGCGAGAAGAAAUGGACCCCAAGCACAAAGAGUUGUUAGAGCAAUGCCACCAGAACUUAGUGGAGUCCAUUACAGAUGCGGAGAGCCUGGUGGAGGAGUUGGCCAAAUCGGGCGCUUUGAGCCAGCUGGAGAGGUACGAAGUGGACAACAACUGCUCGUCGAGCUCAGAGAAAGUGGACCUUCUUCUGAAGAUGCUGGCGAAUAAGGAGAGAGACCAUUUCCAGGAGCUGUGUGUGGCUCUGGAGAAGACCCAGCCGCACCUGUGUUCAGCCCUCUUCGUGAACGGCGGAGGACCUGUGGACCAUUCCUCUGAGAAAUUCACUUGGCCAGAGUGGCAAAGAUGUAAUACUUCGUCAGAUGACACAGGCAAAACAUCUAACACAUUUUCAGGUUCUACGUACAGUGUGUUGUCCACGAUGCCAUCUGACUCUGAAAGCAGCAGCUCGCUCAGCAGUGUAGGUACGACCGGCAAAGCCUCCUCCCCCCCGCCGGCGCUGACGGACAGCAAACAGGCCAACGACAAGCUGGAGACGGUGCUGUUCCAGCUACGGCAGGUGACCCGUGAGCGGGAUGAGCUACGCAAACGCCUCGCCCUCUCCUCCCCCGGCACCACCUUCGACGACUGCCGGCCCAAUUCCAAGCUGAGCCACGACUACGAGCGGCUGAAGAUGCAGUGCAUGAAGGCGAUGGCCGACCUGCAGUCGCUACAGAACCAGCACACCAAGACGCUCAAGAGGUGCGAGGAGGCUGUCAAGGAAGCCGACUUCUAUCACACCCUGCACAGUCGCCUCUUGACUGACCAAUCCCAGCUGAAGGAGGAGAUGGAUUCCAUGAAGAGGGACAACUCGCAGCUGGUGCGGGAGCACAACCACCUGAAACAGAACUGCGAGGAGCUGCGGCGGCUGCAUGAAGAGGAUCUGAAGGAGGCGGCAGACAUGAGGCUCCAGCAGCAGCAGGUGCUGAGAGAGAACGGGUCGUCGGAGAUCCUCAACAAGCUGUACGACACUGCCAUGGACAAACUGGAAGGCGUGAAGAAAGACUACGAUGCACUACGCAAACGGUACAACGAGAAGACGGCCAACCACAACACGGACCUGAGCCGGCUGGAGAAGGCGGAGGAGGAGAACCGGCGGCUGCAGAAGCAGACGGACAUCCUGAUGAAGCAGAGGGACUCUGCCAUCCACUUCCAGCAGCAAUACUCGUCCUCCCUGAGAAGGUUCGACUCAAUCCAGCAGGAGCUGAACAAGACGGCGGCUCAGAACAAGGAGCUGCAGCGGGAGGUGGAGCGCUGGCAGUCGGAGGCCACGCGCUACAAGACCCUGCAGCUGAAGGCGCUGAAGGACUUGGAGAAGUACAAGGAGGAGCGCGACUCGGUGUUCAAUGAGUACCGCCUGAUCAUGAGCGAGAGGGACCAGGUCAUCAAGGAGGUGGACAAGCUGCAGUCUGGCCUGGAGGUGGCGGAGGCGAAACUGAAGAACACCUCAUCUGAGAGGAAGGUGGCCAGUGAGGAGAUGGAAGCUCUGCGCCAAGAGCUCAGCUCGGCGCUGGUGGAUCGAGAUCGGGCCAUCUGCGAGAGGAACGAGCUACUGGAGAAGUACUGCCAUGAAGUUAAGGACAAGGCCGAGGCCCAGAAGGAGCUGAACCAGGCCUGCAAGGACAUCGAGACAGUCAAGGAGGAGAGGGACGUGGCUCGGAAGGAGAGGACGGAGGCCAUCAUCCAGAGAGACCAAUUGUUGAGGGAGUACUACCAGGCCAGACAGAAACAAGAUUCUGCCACUCUGGACAUGGAGCGAGCGAACAAAGAGAUUGAGAUGCUGAGGAAGCAGUACGAAGCCAUGUCCCAGGAGCUGAAGGAGGCCAUGCAGGAGGCCGAGGUCGCCAAGUGCAGGAGGGACUGGGCCUUUCAGGAGAGGGACAAGAUCGUGGCCGAGAGGGAGAGCAUACGGACUCUGUGCGAUAAUCUCCGGAGAGAAAGGGACAGAGCGGUGAGUGACCUGGCUGAAGCUCUGCGGAACCUGGAUGACAUGAGGAAGCAGAAGCACGACGCCUUGCGGGAGCUGAAGGAGUUGAAAGAGAAGAUGGAAAACCAGUUGGAGAAGGAGGCUCGGUUUCGUCAGUUGAUGGCGCACAACUCUCACGACUCGGCCAUUGACACCGAUUCGUUAGAGUGGGAGACGGAAGUGGUGGAGUUUGAGAAAGACCGGGAGGACAUGGACUUGAAGGCACUUGGGUUUGAUGUGGCUGAGGGGGUAAAUGAUCCAUAUUUGCCAGGAGACUGUGGAAUAUUUGUCACAAAGGUGGACAAAGGAAGUAUUGCAGAUGGAAGGUUAAGAGUGAACGAUUGGUUAUUGAAGAUUAAUGAUGUAGACCUCACUAACAAGGACAGGAAGCAGGUCAUCAAAGCCGUGCUCAAUGGAGGAGGGGUCAUCAAUAUGGUGGUUCGCCGGAGAAAAUCGUUAGGCGGCAGAAUUAUAACUCCCGUACAUUUAAAUCUUGCAGGGCAUAAAGACAGUGGCAUCAGCUUGGAAAGCGGGGUGUUUGUGACGGCUGUAGUGCCAGGCAGUCCCGCUGCGAGGGACGGAGCGCUUACCGUCGGCGAUAGACUCAUCGCUAUAAAUGGAAUUGCACUAGAUAAUAAAUCACUGACUGAAUGUGAAGCUCUGGUACGGAACUGCAGGGAAUCUCUAAGUCUCUCCCUGAUGAAGUUCUUUCCACAGAGUUGCUCCGGACAGAACAUCUUCGAGAACCUAAGAGAGUCAGAGAAAUCGUCAAACUGUAGGUUCCACUCUUCCGACUUGCACGUACGCAACUACAAGAACUUGAAACACAACAGCUCGACCCAGACGGACAUCUUCAACCCGAGCAGCGCAGAGGGGAAGAAGGACCCUGCCGAGUCGGAGGAGGCGCCGUUCUGCCGCCACAAGCCCUUCUCCGUGGGCUCCCUGCACACGCACUCCCUCCGGCCUGCCGAGGACCAUGCCGCGAGCUCCUUCGCCGGCGAAGCCUUCCAGGAGCGCUGCUAUGGCCGCGUGGAGUCCAUCAAGGGCCAGUUCGCCUUCGAGUCCGAGUGCAUGAUGGCAGAGGCGGCGCUGGAGAAGGAACUCGUCCAGAAGCACAGCGGGGGCACGUGGCCCAAAAUGAUGGCGGGAGGCGCGUCGGCGACAGAAAGCGCUCAACUCUCCAUAUUCAAGGUGCCAAAGCCGCGGAAGUCCAUCUUCGAUGCUGAUACCUUCAAGCGGCCCGACACGCCAUCCAAGCUGGACUACAUGUCCUCGUCUCAGUUGCCGCCACACUCCCCUCAGCCCUCAAAGGAGGCGUCCUCCCCGGCCCCCCCGACUCCCCCCACUCGCAGCGACUCCUUCAAGUUCAAGCACAAGCCGCAGACCAGCUCCGCGUCAGACUCCACGAUCACCAAGGGCUCGCCUCCCCCCACCCCUUCCCCAUCCCCCGCGACGUUGACUGUGAAGCAGGAGGCCAUCCUGGAUGUGCGCGACAGGAACGGCAACCAUUUCUUCUUGGAGGCCGGUGUGGACUGCAAGAUCCUGCCUUCCAGGAAGUCGUGUGACGACGACGUGGGCCGCCUGAGGACAGAGGAGCAGGAAGUGAAGAGGCCCCGCCCAAAAUCGGCGCCUGCACUGCGGCGAAAGAUGACUCCCCUGCAGAUUCCCAUGCCAGCCUUUCAGGUUCAGAGUUACUCUAAUGAUGAACAGUCUCCUGAGCCCAACGAGAUGGGCCGAUUCUCUCCCAAGCGCUCCCAUCGGCACAGCACGGGCUUUGCCCCGCCCGGCUACAACGGAACCAUUUCAGCACACUCUGCACACCGAGGCUUGGCUCCGUGCCCUGCGGUAACGGCUGUAAUGAGAAAUCCAAUUUACACAGCCUGGAGUCACCGGGUUCACACUAAUAACUGCUCUGUCCCCAGCCAAAUCUGCCAUCCGCAUUCACACCCCAGCCCCCAGCACCAAGGGCGUCUGAGCUUGGACUUGAGCCACAAGCGCUCCAGUGACUUCACGGAGCCGGCGCGCAGUCGGACGCCUCACGGAACCAACUCCCUGCCCUCGAGCGCUCGACUGGGUUCAUCGAGUAAUCUCCAGUAUAGGACAGAGCGAAUUAAAAUCCCAUCCACUCCACGGUACCCUCGGUCCAUGCUGAGUUCCGAUCGAGGCUCGCUGUCUCACUCGGAGUGCAGUAGCCCCAGCCUCAUCACCCCUCCCCAGUCCCCCCUCAACCUGGAGACCACCUCCUUCGCCAGCAGCCAAUCGCAGAGCUCCAUCUCCACGCUGCCCAGAAUAUCCAUCAGCCCCGUUCCCAUGGGAGAUCGUAGGAAGGACAGAUAUCUGUUCCGUAACAGAUCCUUUCUAAGAAUCCCUGUGGCUUCUAGGCCAAGGUUCUCAUCACUGAGAAGCCUGAGGCCUUAUCUGGAAGAGCCGCGCAACGUCAUCGUGCACAAGGGCGCAGAGCCUCUCGGCAUCUCCAUCGUCAGCGGCGAGAACGGCGGCAUCUUCGUUUCCAAGGUGACGGGGGGCAGUAUCGCUCACCAAGCUGGCCUGGAGUACGGGGACCAGCUGCUAGAGUUCAAUGGCAUUAACCUGCGCAACGCCACGGAGCAGCAGGCCCGGCUGAUCAUCGGGCAGCAGUGCGACACCAUCACCAUCCUGGCCCAGUACAACCCCCACAUGUACCAGCUCGGCAACCACUCGCGGUCCAGCUCCCGGAUGGAGCCGAUGAGCAAUCAGUCGACCCCCCAGGGCAGUGGUGCCACGACCCCAGACAAUCACUCCACCAUCGACACGCUGAGCGAGCAGGAUGAAGGCACCAUGACUCCCCCCUCCAAACAGACCACGCCCACCACUAGCCCCCGCAGCUCAGUCAGGAUGUCUGUGGGGGCUUCCAGGAAGAUCCCCGAGCCAAGGAUGGUGACGUUGAGGAAGACCCAGGGGGAGCUGGGCAUCCAGAUCUGUGGCGGAAACCAGCGUGGGAUCUUUGUAGAGAAGCUGGAGGACAGCAGCCCUGCCAAAGACGCUGAUGUCCUUCUGCCAGGAGACAUGAUACUAGAGUACAAUUCAGUUAGCAUGAAACAUAAAACUGCUGAAGAAGCUUACCUUGAAAUGUUAAAACCUGCAGAAACUGUCACGUUGAAAGUUCAGCACCGUAUCGAUGAGUUUAAAGUAUUUAAAGAUACUCCAGGAGAUGCAUUCUAUAUAAGAGCACUUUAUGACAAGGCUGCUGAGAUGGAGCAGGAGCUUAGUUUUAAGAAAGACGACAUUUUAUUUGUUGAAGACACUCUACCAAAGGGUAAUUUCGGCUGCUGGAUGGCUUGGCAACUGGACGAGAAUGCUCAAAAGCUGGAAAGGGGACAAAUUCCCAGUAAAUACAUGAUGGACCAGGAGUUCUACCGGAGGUACAGCAUGUCUGAGAUGAAGGACGAGAACGGCUCCAGCAAAACGCUGUCAGCCGCCGCCCGCAGGUCUUUCUUCCGCAGGAAAAACAAACACAAACGCAGCGGGUCGAAGGACGGCAAGGAUUUGCUGGCCCUCGACGCCAUAAGCACAGAUUCGAUCCCCUUCAUGGAAGACUGUGUCAGCUUGGCCUAUCAGAGGGUUCAGAAAGUGGAGUGUGCUUCGCCGCGACCCGUGCUUAUUCUGGGGCCUUUAGUGGAUGCUGUCAAGGACAUGCUGGUCAAAGAAUCUCCUGGGAAGUUCUGCAGAUGUGUGCUUGAGGUGAUGAAGGCUUCCCAACAAGCAAUAGAGCGUGGCGUGAAGGACUGCCUUUUUAUCGAUUACAAACGGAGAAGCGGCCAUUUUGAUGUAACGACAGUCGCUUCAAUAACAGAAAUAACAGAAAAGGACUGUCACUGUUUGCUUGACAUUGCACCUCACGCCAUUGAAAGGCUUCACAGCGUUCACAUUUACCCAAUCGUCGUUUUCAUUCGGUACAAAAACGCAAAACAGAUAAAGGAGCAGAAGGAUCCAGUGUUUCUGCGGGAUAAAGUGUCUCAAAAACAUUCCAAGGAGCAGUUUGAGGUUGCGCAGAAAAUGGAGCAGGAGUACAGCAAGUUCUUCACAGGUAUUGUCCAAGGUGGGAGCCUGUCCUACAUUUGCACUCAGAUCACGACUAUUGUUGAUCAGGAGCAGAAUAAAGUCCUGUGGGUUCCAGAUGACUCUCCGUAGAUGUGGUGGAAGCGACUGCUGAAGCUUGCAGCCUUUGCAUCUGUUUAGAAAGAGAAAAACACACACACACACACACACACACACACACACUAAAACCUUAACUACAUGAAGGGGUACAAUACACUGAACAAUAUUUAAAUAGCAAAUUGUUCACAUUUGUCAGCAUUUUAUUAUUGCAAUCAAUAUAACCUGUAACACAGAGCUUAAGUUACACUUGUCUACAGGAGGAAGUUUAUAUAUAGCACUGAUUUUAUUUUAUUAUUUUUUUAUUUUUUCGUCUGUUGUUUUUGUCAUACUUAAACAUCUGACUUAGUGAUGCUGCAUUUAAAACACUCGUUUACAAAAGAAGUAUUUUUAUGUAACGCUUACUUGAAUGUGUAGCUUUCCCUUAGUUACUCUCCCAGUUCUGCUCUCCCCCCCCCCCCCACCGGUCCCCUCCCUACAUGAAAUUUCCUCAGCGGGGUGAAGAUGAUACGUGCAACAUGGAAGUGCCUUUUGAAAACCCAUAGAGCAUUCGACAGCAGGGUAAUCGGACUGGUGUGAAACGUGCCGGGCGGUCCUCUAGGGGGCGCCCCGCGCAGUGUUUUAAAUGGACCUUUUCUGUUCUCUCUAAGAUCUUAAUGCCUAACUAGGUAAGGCACCUAGUACAGUAGCAAAGGGUCGUCCAGCUCUUAGCAGAGAUUAGCACCACCCCCACCCCCCUGGCCAUCUGCUUUUGUUUGUCGCUUUUAAUGUAUCUAUUUAAAAACAUCCUUGUGCAAUUUUGCAUGAUUCUUAAACCUUUUUUUUAUUAUUUUCCCCCUUGUUUAAUCUGUAUUAGUGUUGUAGAUGUUUUAUUAUUUAAGUGGGUUUUGUAAUUCAAGUAUGUGACACAGUAAAUGUAGUGCGGCAGUUCAUUUGGUCCUCAGUACUAUGUCCCCCUUCUGUAUGUCGUGCCAAACUCCUCCACAUGUUCUGCUUUAGUUUUGCACUUGUAAGUCUGUGAACCCUUCCGAGUCGCAUUUAGAUAUCCUAUCAUUUUUAUCACGUUCUAGGUACUAUAGUCGUACUGUACAAGCAAGUGUAAUUUUGAGUAUAUCACGAGUUCCUAGCAUUUCAGCGUUUGCUCGGCAUGAAAUUUGCCUUUCACACAUACACCAACUGAAGAAAGUAGACUCCUCCUUAUAUGAAAAAGGGAUGUUUUCUUGCACAUUGUAAUGGAAAAUCGGUCCAUUUUUAAGCAUUUGGGUUAAUUAGGAGUCCACAAUUAGAAGUAACUUUAAGGUCAAACUAUGUGCUAUAUUUUUCACAUACUUUUCUCAUGUGAGGGAUACAUUUUGGUUUCUCUGUAGACCUAAGUGAAAUACAACAAAAGACAGACAGACAGGUACUGUUCUGAUUGGGAUUUUCUUUCUUAAAAUAUGAUUUGUAUCAAAUGUUAUGAAAUUAAUAUGAGAAUAAAAGUCUUUUUUCCUGUACCACUAAAA